AUGUUCAGUUGGCUCGGUGGUGAUUCUUCGAAGAAGAAAAAUAAAGAUGUAUUGGAUUCCGUUAGCGAAGGUCUGCGAAAGAUCUAUAAGCAGAAACUCUAUCCAUUGGAGGAGUAUUACAAGUUCCAUGAAUUCCACUCUCCUGCUCUCGAUGACCCUGAUUUUGAUGCUAAACCAAUGAUUCUUUUGGUAGGACAGUACUCGACAGGGAAAACCACGUUCAUUAGAUACCUCCUCGAAGAAGACUUUCCUGGUAUUCGCAUUGGUCCUGAACCAACCACAGAUAGGUUCAUUGCAGUGAUGCAUGGUGAUGAGGAAGGAGUUGUACCUGGAAAUGCGCUCGUUGUCGAUGCAAAGAAACAGUUCAGAGCGUUGAGCGGAUUUGGCAACGCAUUCUUAAACCGUUUUCAAUGUUCAACGUUGAACAAUCAAGUACUUGAAAGUGUGACCAUAGUGGAUACGCCUGGUAUUCUUUCUGGAGAAAAACAACGUAUCGACCGCGGUUACGACUUUACUGGAGUUUUGGAAUGGUUCGCUGAACGUGUAGAUCGUAUUAUUCUUCUCUUCGAUGCGCAUAAACUUGAUAUUUCCGAUGAAUUCAAGCGAUGUAUCGAAGCGCUAAGUGGAAAUGAAGAUAAGAUAAGAAUUGUUUUGAAUAAAUCUGAUAUGGUGGAUCACCAGCAGUUAAUGCGUGUUUAUGGAGCUUUAAUGUGGUCCUUAGGAAAGGUAUUCAAGACACCUGAGGUCUCUCGUGUUUACAUUGGGACAUUCUGGGAUCACCCUCUUCAUUAUGACAUAAAUAGGCGUCUUUUCCAAGAUGAACAACAUGACCUAUUCCAAGACCUGCAGGCCCUUCCGCGAAAUGCUGCCCUUCGCAAGCUCAAUGACUUGAUCAAACGAGCGCGUUUAGCGAAGGUUCAUGCUUUCAUAAUUUCUGAGUUACGCAAGCAAAUGCCAAGUAUGAUUGGAAAGGAAAAGAAGAAAAAGGAACUUAUCCAAAAUCUCGAUAAGAUUUUCGAACAGAUUCAGCGUGAGCACAACAUAUCUCCAGGAGAUUUUCCUGAUGUAAACAAAAUGCGUGAAAAGCUGCAGAACCACGAUUUUACCCGAUUCAAUCCUCUGAAACCAAAAUUGCUGGAAGUUGUUGACGGCAUGCUUGCAAGUGAUAUCGCCCGCCUCAUGGCUCAAAUUCCAAAGGAGGAAGCUCAGAUGACUACCUCUGUAGUUACAAAUGGCCAUAUUGCGGAGCAACCAACAGUGAAAGGUGGUGCUUUCAGUCAGGCUCAGGAGGCCGAAACUCCAUUCGGGUUUGGACGAGGUGAGGGAUUCGAUAAAGGUGCCGAUGAGAGUGAAUGGGUAGUUAGUCGUGAACGACAAGAUGCAGACUCUACAUUUUCUAGUCUCGGUCCCAUUAACGGGUACAUUAGUGGUCGUGUGGCAAAAGAACACAUGGUUAAAUCAAAGCUUCCAAACUCUGUGCUUGGAAAAAUUUGGAAAUUGGCAGAUGUUGACCGAGAUGGACAGUUGGAUGCAGACGAAUUUGCCCUCGCUAAUUAUCUGAUCAACCUUAAACUUGAAGGUCACGAACUACCUGUCGAGUUGCCUAAACAUUUGAUUCCGCCAUCAAAACGAGAUAUGGAGACUGAGGGUGGAGCGCUUGUCAAGACCUAA